AUGCCGUCACUCGGCUUCCUCAAAAAGAAGCGCACCAAGGACUCCUCGCAAGGGUCUGACCACAACGUCAACUCACCCACGUCGCCCACCCUAGACAAAGGCGGCUCGCCGAUCACGCCAACCCUCUCCAAGAACAGCAACCUCUUCGCCGAGCCGCAUUCCGCCGACACGCCGCAGCAGACCUCCAUCGCCGCCCCUCCCAGCCAGACGCAGUCGCAAGCGCAACAAGGCAUGGGUGCACAAGUUCAGCCCUCGAUCCAGAACCUCAUGAACCACCAGCAACAGCAGCAGCAGCCGCAGCACCAGGGGUACAACACGGUCUCUCAGCACGACUCCGGAUUCGCACCACCCUCUGCUGCUCACAAUGGCGACCACAACAUCCCCACGAUCAACGCGCCAGCUGCGAAGCCAGUCACCAACCCACAGCGCGAGACCAAGGGCAAAUACACGUUGCAAGACUUCCAGAUACAACGAACGCUCGGCACUGGCUCUUUCGGACGUGUGCAUCUCGUACAGAGCAAGCACAAUCAGCGCUUCUACGCAGUCAAGGUGCUCAAGAAGGCGCAGGUGUAUAAGAUGAAGCAGGUGGAGCACACAAACGACGAGCGGAAGAUGCUGCAGCGGUGUAGACAUCCAUUCUUGAUCACACUCUGGGGCACAUGGCAAGACUCAAAGAACCUGUACAUGGUCAUGGACUUUAUUGAAGGCGGUGAACUGUUCAGUCUCUUGCGAAAGUCGCAGCGCUUCCCAAACCCGGUCGCCAAAUUUUACGCUGCUGAAGUCACACUGGCGCUGGACUACCUGCACAGCAUGAACAUCAUCUACCGCGAUCUCAAGCCGGAAAACCUACUUCUGGAUCGACAUGGACACAUCAAGAUUACCGACUUCGGAUUCGCGAAAGAGGUGCCCGACAUAACAUGGACGCUUUGUGGAACGCCAGAUUACCUGGCACCCGAGGUUGUGAGCAGCAAAGGAUACAACAAGAGUGUGGACUGGUGGAGCUUGGGCAUUCUGAUCUUCGAAAUGCUGGCUGGAUUCACACCUUUCUGGGAUUCUGGUUCGCCGCUCAAGAUCUACGAAAACAUUCUCAAGGGCCGCGUCAAGUACCCACCUUACAUACAUCCCGAUGCACAAGACUUGCUUUCGAAGCUGAUUACGGCGGACUUGACCAAGCGGCUGGGUAACUUACACGGCGGUUCCAAGGACGUCAUGCAACACCCCUGGUUCGCAGAAGUGACUUGGGAACGACUCGGCAAAAAGGACAUAGAUGCGCCAUACGUGCCACCUGUUCGAGGAGGCGCAGGUGAUGCCAGUCUCUUCGACAAGUAUCCUGAGGAACCUGAGGCAUAUGGCGCGACUGGCGAUGACCCUCACCGAGCAUUGUUCCCCGACUUCUAG